AUGUCUAACCGUCAGAUGGCUCGCGAUAUGCAGGUAGAGUUCCAGGCUCGAUUCCAAGCCAAACAGGCUCGUCGCGAGGCCCAAAAGGCCGCCAAACAGGACCCCAUCCUCAAGAAGCAGAUACAAGAUCUACUCAAGAAGGGGGAGACCCAGAAGGCGUACCAGAAGGCCAAGAUGCUUCUCUCCAAACAGGCACUUGCUCAGCAGAUGGACCAGAUGGCCGACAUGGCUGAGCUGUCUGCUGCACAGAUCCAGGCCAACAACUCGAUGAAUCGAAUGACCCAGAUGAUGGCCCAAUCAUCGCGAACCAUGAAUGUUGCUCAGAAGAACACCAAUCCUGAAAAGACUCUCGUUACCCUCGAGCAAUUCAAGCAGCAAAACGAAGAAUACGCCAUGUCCAACGGCAUCUACCAAGACGCCAUUACCCAGUCUACCUCGACCCAGGUUGGCGAGGACGCUGUCCACGAGCUACUCGGAAAGCUAGCUGAUGACGCUGGCCUUGAGCUCAGCAAGGAGCUCAGCCAAGCGACACCUUCAAACGCUGAGCCUGCGCAGACCAAUGAGCCCAGCGCUGAAGAGGAAGAUAAGCUCCAGCAGAGACUGCGAGCUCUGCGAGCAUAG